UCAUUCUUAAAAUAAGCAUGAUGCUUAAUCGGACGGGAAUCGCCUUUGCUUCAUUACAAGUAGGGGGUCUUAGUUUUUCAGCAAGAGCGACGAGAACGAGUGCUAUAAAUAGCAACAUGACGGCUACCUUGCCGCUGUUCCAGAGGAACCGUUUAUUUUCCUCGACUAGAACUAUCGCUGGAGAGCAACAACUUGCUCGUGAGCCUCGUCCCAUCCCACUGGAUAUUGGUAAUGGACCAUCUGUAUCAACAGCGCCAUCAGCAGGACCAUCCUUACAGGCUUCAGGAGCAGAAGCAGCACUAGAAUCAAAUGUGGCACGUAGAACGUAUCGAAGCUCUUACAGCAAUGGCUCCUUCCUAGAUCGCUUUGGGGGGCCUAUCUUCAGUGUCCUUGUUUACUCUACUGCAGCCACUCUGGUAAUGCAUAAUAUGUACCAUCAUCUAGCUCUGGAAGAAUACAGGAUCGCAUCCUCCCGGAAAGUCGCCGAGCUGGAGGCGGAAAUAGCAGAGAUCAAAGCCCAGCAAUCGUCCAACACUGUCCAACAUUCAUUAGGGGGUCGUCACGAGUUUAUCUAAUGGUACAAACAGUAGAUGCUUUGGUACACAAGUCCGUCUGGCGCGUAUAUGCCUUAUUAUAUCGCAACUUCAUGGAAGCACCUCCGAAUUCGCACCCAGUGCUUGGCUCUUGUUUGUCUUGUCCAUUGUACCAGCUGACAUAUAUAGUCAAUUUUCAAAAGUUUUCAACCCUUACUCUUAAAAUUGUAUUCAGAUCUGUGUCAUUAUCACCUUAGCCGUAUACAGUCAAUACUCUGUUAUCUUUUAGCAUAAGCAUAUGGUCUGUC